CAGAGAGGCCGGAAGUUGUCUUCAAAGAGGCGCUAGACUGUUGGGUUGGCUGAGCUGAAGCUAUACGAACAGGGUCGGCAGGCAGUUGGGAGCAGUAGUCACGGCAGUUCGUCGGCCUGAGGGGCUCCAGGAGUCUGGGCCGGGAAGAUGGCGUCUCGGGCAGGCCCGCGAGCGGCCGGCACUGACGGCAGCGACUUUCAGCAUCGGGAGCGCGUCGCCAUGCACUACCAGAUGAGUGUGACCCUCAAGUAUGAAAUCAAGAAGCUGAUCUACGUGCAUCUGGUCAUAUGGCUGCUGCUGGUUGCCAAGAUGAGUGUGGGACACCUGAGGCUCUUGUCUCAUGAUCAGGUGGCCAUGCCCUAUCAGUGGGAAUACCCCUAUUUGCUAAGCAUUGUACCCUCCCUCCUGGGCCUCCUCUCCUUCCCCCGCAACAACAUUAGCUACCUGGUGCUCUCCAUGAUCAGUAUGGGGCUCUUCUCCAUUGCUCCCCUCAUUUAUGGCAGCAUGGAGAUGUUCCCUGCUGCACAACAGCUCUACCGCCAUGGCAAGGCCUACCGCUUCCUCUUUGGUUUUUCCGCCGUCUCCGUCAUGUAUCUGGUGUUGGUGCUGGCGGUCCAAGUGCAUGCCUGGCAGCUAUACUACAGCAAGAAGCUCCUAGACUCUUGGUUCACGAGCACACAGGAGAAGAAGCGUAAAUGAAGCCUGCUUGAUGGACUGCUAUGUGAGGUGAAGCCUGGGCCUCCCACCCAGUGAACUGAGAGGGUAAAGGAGCUGCUCUAAAAUCUCCUUUGGUGGCUGUGAUGUUGGCAACUAGUGCAAACUAAACCUGAGUUCUGCAGAGCCCCUUCUGUUGCCGUCAGCUGGUGGUGGAACCGUUUAAUUUAUUCCUGGUUGGUGGAACUGGAUGAUCAACAGCUGUGAAACAAACUUCAGCUGGUUGAAGUUGAGGUCCUUCUGAGUUUUUCAUCCUGACGUCUUCUUGGUCAUUCUCUCCACUUCCAUCCAUCACCCCUUCCCAUCAAAACUGAAGGAGAUAGGAAAUCAGUCAAAUUGUCCUUCAAUCAAUGGGUCAUGGAGCAGGAAACAUCUGGAAGGCUGCUUCCCCUGCAGGCUUUGGUCUCUACUGUGAAACCUUUUCAUUAAAAGAACCUCAAUAAAGUUACAACUGCCUAGUC